AUGAGACAUUUCACACUGCACAUGACCCCACGCACAACCUCCCCUGCUGUUGUCUGCAAGACCCGGGAGUUCUCAGUGGUAGCGAGGUCUCGCUUCUCCUGCGACCACCGCAAAGUCCCAGCAGUGCAGGGGGAGCCCAAGCUGGUCCGGGGGCUGCGCGCCCCACCCAGAGGCCUCUCAGGAGGCCCCCUGUGGUCCCUGCAUCCUGACGCCGCCUCCCAGCGCAUCCGUUCAGCUGGGCUCUCGUCCCGGCACCUGAACCAGCGCUCUCACAAACUCUGCUCUGCCUCCCUCGGGGGACUGUUGGAUACCGCCUCCCUUGACGGUCCACCAGCCCUGGCAGAGACCUCGGCUGGGGCUCCAGCACAGGCUGCCCUCCGGGGAAAGCCUUCACUCCCUGCCUGUGACCCCUUGUUGGUCUCCAGCUCCACAGACUGGGCCGAGCCUGGGGAGGGGCCGGGCAGCGUCUGGGGGACAGCGUGUCGUGGGGACGCCCCAGUUCGGGGGCUGGAAGGAGUCCUGACCGAGGACAGAGGGGGCUGCGGACCCCAAGUCACACCUUCUGAACCGAAACGUGGGGCCUCGGCGGAGGGAGGGGAGGAGAGAGCUGCUGCUGAACGGGCGCAAAGGGAGAGCAGAGCCGAGCACCCCACGCCAGCCCUCCACGCUCGCAGCCUCGGGGGCAGAGUGACGGUAGUGAUUACAGUGGUGACGAUGAUCGUGGUCGUGAUGGUGAUGACGGUGGUAAAUGAUAAAGGUAGUGAUGAUGAUGAAGAUGAUUUUGGUUAUGCUGUUGACUUUAAUUGUGAUGAUGGUUACGAUAAGCUCGGCCCUGGCUCAGAGCUGAACCUGCUCGUCUGGGGACACCCAUGGAAGGAGCUUAGCACGGCCCCGCCCCGCAGUGAGGCGGGCCCGCAGCAGGGAGCUGGACCAGAGGGGCUCGGGGGCACAGGGCCCAGGGCCCCUCCCGGGCAGCACGCACCCUGCUCUCGGACACAGUGUGUGGAAAGGCCCCGAGUGGCCGUAACUGCUCGUGGGCAUCCGGCCUUGCCCAUCAGCCCUGAAUCUCGGGUCCUUCCCGACCUCGGGGGUCCCCACCUCCUGCGGCAGGAAGGCAGCUGCCAGGGUCCUCACUCCAGUGGGCUCUGCAUUUCAGUUGGGAAUUGA